GGAAUGAUCUAAGGGUUGUGAUAAAAAACUCUCUACAUUAUAGACAAUGAGGAAAUGCAUGUCGAGAUAAAUGUUGGAUGAUAACGACCUCUACAGCAAAGCCAGACAGAUUCAUGCCAAUGAAUGGAAAGAACUGGCUAUAAAACUUGGUUUCAACCAUGCAGAAGUCUCACACUUUGAGGCAGACCAUCCCCGUAGUGUUGUUAAUCAAAUCUUCCACAUGCUGGUCACGUGGAGAAACAAACAACCUGAUGACGUCAGUCAGACAGAAGCUCUCUGCAAAGCAUUGGAGGAGGUUCAAGACAGAAAAGAUGGUGCCUAUGCAUCACUCCAGUCUGGUCAACCAUCAGUUGGCAUGUCAGAGAAUCAACCAAGAACAUCACAGCAACCAAUCACACAGGUUACCACCUCAUGUUCACUGUCACCAGAAUGCCAAGCCUUUGAUGUCGAAUCCAAAGCUGCCGCCACUAAAUGUAAAGCUGAACUGAAGUUGUUCUAUGAAGGCACAGGUAGCUAUGUACAGCUGAACCCAUGGCUUGCUAACGACCAAAAAUGCAUCAAGGACAUGUACAGUAGGUUACAGUUCUUAAAUGCUAAGGGAGCAGUGCCGGGCACACAGGUGUGUUAUGAGGAUAUUUUAGUCUUCAUGAAAAAAAGAACAGGAAAAAUGAUCCCAGUAGCUGUACUGAGUGGUUUGGCUGGAAGAGGAAAGACCACUCUUUUUGACAAGAUUGCGUUUGAUUGGGCAGUUGGCCUUGGUCAGGUACUACAGAAGUAUGAACUGGUAUUCAGUUUGAAAAUGUUUUACUUGGAGCAGGUGUCGGAUCUCGUCGAAGCAGUUUUUGAUCAACUCUUAGCUGAAGAAACAGCUAAAUACAUGCAGAAAGGUGCUCUGCAAUCAUAUAUUGAGAAAAAUGCCGACAAAGUCCUCAUCCUUUUGGAUGGCUUUGAUGAGUUGAAGACCACCUCCCUCAGUAAAUCCUCCUUCGGUUCCAUUCUGAAGAUCCUAAGCAGAAAGAUGUGUAGAGGUUGUACUAUACUUGUCAGCACUCGCCCCUCAUAUCUGGACAGAUUGAUAACAAAGGACCUAGUUCAAGAACCAUUCACACAUGUCCAAGUCAUGGGAUUCAACAAAGAAGACAGGAGAGAGUAUGUGAACAAAUUUUUCCCUGGUGAACCUGACAAGGUCAGUGGGCUUCUAAGCAGGGUGAAUUCCUCUAACCUUCUUUCCACUUUGGCAGAGAGUCCAAUGCUGCUUCUUUUGAUGUGUUUACUGUGGAGACAAGAUUCCACACUCCCACAAACAAUGUCAGACCUCUAUCACAGUGCGUUUGAAUACGUUGGCAAAAGAAAAGAUCUAUCAAAAGAAGACAUGUCUAGAGUUGCGAUGGCACUUGGCGAGGUUGCUUUACGUGGUCUUCUCAGUCCAAAUCAAGAGCUGACGUUUAAAGAAAGUGAGUUUGAGCCAAGUAUCUUUGGCAUGGCUCUAAAAGCAGGUAUUGUGACCAGACAGAGUGACAGGAAGAGGCUAAUCCCUCACAGCAUUGUACGGUUCAUUCAUAAGACAUUCCAGGAAUUUUGCGGUGCUUCAUACUUGCAAAACCUGUUGAAAGGAGACAAAGAAGAAUUUCAGAAUACACUGCUUGAAAUUAUGUCAAAGAACGUGUUUGACUUUGAGUAUCUUCUGCGCUUUUGUUGUGGUAACAAUGAGGCAAGUACUUUAGAGAUACUGAAGGUAUUUCAGAAGACGCAUCUGGAGGAUUUGUCGUUUGACAACAGGUUAGGUCAUUUAGCACUUCACUGUUACUUUGAAAGUCAGUGCAAAAUCUUGCCUCCUGAAGAAUUUAUACAGUCAUUUGUAUCUGAUCAUGUUGUCAUUGACAAUUUUUUUAGUGAUAGUCACAGCUCAGUGAGAUUCUUUCUCGAAGGUCUUGCUGAGCAGUCAAAGGCUGAUGGCAAUGACUACCUCGCUGAAGUGAAGAGCGUGGAUUUGCGGCAUGCGGAUUUGAGUCUUCCAAAGUUCACUGGAGAAGGUGUAGCACACAUUGCUGAGUCACUAAGGAAACUACCCAACUUGGUUACACUUGAUCUUUCUUAUAUUGACCUGGGUGGUACGGCAGCAUUAUGGUGCAAGCAGGUGAGGCAGUGCAGGGCACUGCAGCACCUAAACUUGAGUUACUGCUCACUGAAUGCACAGGACAUGGUGCAUGUUGCUGUGUCGCUCAGGGAUCUACCCAACUUGGUUACAUUGAAUCUUGCAGAGGUUGAACUGGAUGGUGCAGCAGCAUUAUUGUGUGAGCAGGUGGGGAACUGCAGGGCACUGCAGGUACUAAACUUGAGUGAUUGCUCAUUGAAUGAAAGGAACAUGGUACAUGUUGCUGAGUCACUUAGGGAUCUACCCAACUUGGUUACACUUGAUCUUUCUUUUAAUGACCUGGGUGGUACAGCAGCAUUAUGGUGCAGACAUUUGGGCCGCUGCAGGGCACUGCAGCACCUGUACUUGUGUUGUUGUUCAUUGAAUGGACAGGACAUGGUACUUGUAGGUGAAUCACUCUGUGGCCUUCCCAACUUGAUUACAUUGAAUCUUGAUAAGAGUGACGUGGGUGGUACAGCGGUAUUAUGGUACAAGCAGGUGGGGCAAUGCAAGCCACUGCAGCACCUGCACUUGAUGUACUGUUCAUUGAAUGCAGAGGACAUGGCACAUGUUGCUGAGUUACUCAGUGGUCUACUUAAUUUGCAUACAUUGAACCUUCAAGGUAAUAACCUAAGUGGCUCAGCAGUAUUGUGGUGCAAGCAGGUGGGUCAGUGCAAGGCACUGCAGAAACUGCAGUUGCAGAGCUGCUCGUUGAAUGGAGAGGACAUGAUACAUGUUGCUGAGUUACUAAAGGAUCUACCCAACUUGGUUACAUUGGAUCUUUCUUUUAAUGACCUUGGUGGCACAGCAUCAUUAUGGUGCAAGCAGGUGGGGCAGUGCAAGGCACUGCAAGACCUGGACAUUAGGUUGUGCUCUUUAAAUGGACAGGACAUGAUACAUGUUGCAGAGUCACUUCGUGAUCUACCCAACUUGGUUAAAUUAAAUCUUUCUAAUAAUGACCUGAGCGGUGCCGCAGCAGCGUUUUGUGCAGAGAUAAAGAUGUUCAAGGCCCUGAAGGACCUGGAACUCAAUAGUUGUAAGAUGGCACAGGAAGAUAAAUGGCACAUGAGUGAGUUACAGAGUGACCCUGGGAUCCAUGUUAGAGUAUUUUUCACCCCAUAUUGCCCACCAGAAAUGUUUUCUCGCUUGAUGGAGAUCCCCAUCAUAGUUCCACUUUAGUCAAAGAGUCUUUGGCUGUACAAACAUGCAGCUAAAUCAGAUGUUUCCAUAUAUUGAAAUAUUUUUGUAUGAGUUAUGAAUGGAGGAAAUUUAGUGGACCAACAACCCAAGAUAUGUCUGAAAAAGUGGACUGGCAGAUGUGUAACUCAAAUGUUUAGGGUACCAUUAUUAUUGAGUUUCAUCGUUGACAUUUAGCAUAAAAUCCUAGAAAGUAAACCAGGUUAAUUGAUGAACAUAUUCCAAAGUCAUGACAAAAAUUGGAGUGUUUUAUUUUCUCAACCAAGUGCAAAUAGAAAGUGGAACAACUAGUAGAUUAGGUUACUACAUUUUUUCAUUACUGAUGAGUCAGCAUCUCAGACAAUAAAUGUUAAAAUCUACCACUGAAGUAGUUUUUUAGUAAUACUAGCCUAAUGGGGGGGUCCCCACUGGAGACAGCUUUUGGAAUUUGAGGUUUUGCUGUGAUCAGUGCUCAGAAAAUUUGCAUUUCGCUUAGUGAAUUUUUAAUGCAGUUUGGGAUAAAUUGUUAUUAUUCUUUAAAGUAAAUCACAUUACCUUGGACAUUGUAACUGCCAACAUGCUAUGAAAACUGAGUGUGCCUAAACUAAAGUGAAUUAUCAGAUAAUUUCAGCCAGUGUUGUAGUCGAGUCACCAGUGUUGAGUCCAAGUCCCAAGCCUCAAGACUCGAGUCUGAGACCAUGUCUUGAGUCACAAACCUCGAGUCCGAGUCACAAGUCAUGAGUCAAGUUGUGAGCAAUCUAUUUUGUUUUUGCUGAUUAUUUACAUUCAUUGCAAAAGCUAUGGGUCCUUUUUUGCUUAUGAAAAAUCAUUCACCAUUUAAACUUUAAAUUCCAGUAUCUUUGUUUAUUUCUGUAUUUAAGGGAUGAAGUGCUUGGCCAGUUUUAAAUUACAUUUAAAACGGGCUCAGGAGAAUGCGUGAGCCAAAGAUUAGGGUAUUUAAAAAAGCUGCAUGAAAUCACCUGGGGAAUCCAAUCCUUUGAGCUAAUGUUCCUUGAAAAUGUUUGUGGACUUGAGAAUGAACAAUAUUGUUGUUGUAUCUUGCAAGUUUUAAAGAAUAUGCUUUACAAAUCGUUUCUUACCACAGUGCUCUGUAGACAAUUCUUAAUUUUGUUCAACUCUGCAUUGAUUUGAUUGAGGACAAUCUUUACAGAGGAGUCAAGAGGGAGGUGGUGACAUUGGCUUCCAUGUAAUCUGUUAAUGAUGAGGAACCAACUGUGACACAUCAUUACUACACAGUUUGUCAUUGGAGAUAUUGUAACACAAAUGUCUGGUGACCUUUUAAACUCCAGAGGAAUGGCAGUGGGGUUGACCGGACUGAUGCACUUAAUUAGGUUUCGGGUUAGGGAUGGAAGUUUGGAAACCGGGGGCGUCAAGUAUGUCCAGUCAGGGGUAUGGAACAAAGGGGUAUUGGUGUAACUGUCAGGGGAUUUGACAAUGUGUUUUCGGUGAGUAAAUUAUGUUGUGGAAAGUGGGAAACUGAACUAAUAAGACUGCCAUGAUGGAAAAAGGGGGGAGAGUUUGACAAUAUCCGGAGUAUGAUAAAAAUAAGUAAAUGGAAGAAAGGUUGAAAUGGGUAUUGUGGACCAUUGUUUUGCAUUUUUGUGCUAAGAUAAUGUUUUCAAGACUGUGGAAAACAGAGCCCGGGGAGGAAAUUAAAUAAUGUUAGCAUUGGGAAAUUAGUCAGUCUAAGCUGAGCUGCUGAGGAGUUCAGAUUGGAUUGACUGACACAACUUUGGUACCAGGAUUUAGUUAAUGUGUAGACAAUUGUGACUAAACCGUUAGUUCAUCUUGGAUUGUGCAUAAGGAUUGGGUACUGACAGGGCGUUUGUAACUAAUUGAUGUGAAUACAUGAACUGGUACUGUACCUUCAUUUAAUUUUGUGACAGUGUAUCUUGGCAGGGCGAGGGGAUGCGCAAUGGGUCCUCAUGCCCUUUCCUUGCCGUUUGUAAAUGUUUAGCAUUAGUUUGUUAGGGUACCUCACACAUUGAGGAAGUGAGUUAAAGUGAAUAAACCAGCUAGAAGUAGAUGGUAUCACACAUAUCUUUGCUGGGCGUGCCAUUUCGUUCAGCAUCCCUUGUCCUUGGUGUAACGGGCGGUAUAUUUCCACCCAAACGGAUCCGGGCCCUGGCCAAAUCGGUGCCGCGAGCGGUGCCGCGACCGGGCUGAGUGGCCCGGCGAGCCAAGGGUUCACUGACUACGGAGGAGAAACCGCCACAAUAUCAACACUGUAAAUAUAUGUGUACAAAGCCAGGAGUUCUGACAGUAUUGUGAUGUUGGCAUCGUAUGUUUAUUUAUUGAGUAAAGUGCAAGUGAAAGGACUUGCUUCCUUUACAACUAGUCUUACAUACGUGUACAAAGAGGUGUUCUGUCUUUGUAUGAUAUUUGCAAACAAUAAUGCAUUGAUUUAGUUGAAAUAUAAAGAGGGUUUUGUUUUUCAUUUUAUAUCAAUUUGUAAACAGCUUUCUAUUUAACAGCCAUGUUUUCCUCCCUUUUUGUAACAAGUGAUCAAAAUCAUGGAACUCACUAGCAUUUAAUUCUUUACAGUUCAAAUGUUGUAUAUUCUUCUCAUGAAUUCUUGGUAAAAUUUGAAUUAAAAUGUGAUUGACAUGUACUGCUUAAAUCAACUAUUACAAAUGUGUCAUAACCAUCUUGGAGAGUCAGCACUCAUCUAUCAUUGAAGACGAGGAAAACCACAAGACACACGGUAGCAUCCAUGCUCAUCAUGGGAAAGUACAGCAAAAUAAGUGGGUGCAUGAGAUUGACAGUUCUCUGUGGAACCGUUGCAGUAAAUGAUGUUCAUCAGUUACAUGCAUGUGUAUAUAACUAAGUUUCAAAAAGAGAUUUCAGGAAGCUUUGCUGUCAGUUUCAAGUGUUUGGGAGGGCAAAAAGACCCCCUUGUUUCUGUUGAUUUGUUUUAAUGUUUCAUCGGUUUCAUUCCACAAGGUUUUGGGUUGUAUUUUUGAUGCGAUGAUGGUGUAUUGCCAGUGAAGCUAAUUUAGGCCAAAUGUGGGGGAAAUGUGCGGUUUUGUUUGUCUUUAUUAUAAGUUUCAUUUUCAUCAGUUUCAUUUUCUCUGAGGAGGUUGGGAAUUGACUUUUACCAUUUGUGCCAAGUAAGUCAGUAUGCUGUGGAAUGCUAACCUAGCAUUGUAACAAAGUUGGCUGGUUAACUAGUACUUUGCACUGCAUGGGCUAGAGUUCAUAUUCACAUGUGAAUGUUUGCUUGUUUUUUAAUUCCAUUUUAUUCAGGUACCUAAUUCAAUUUUAAACUUGCCAUGAUGUGUAUUAAGCAUUAUGUUUUUAUUGGGGACCUUGUCACUACUUUGGGUCUGUAUGUAAAUAAUGUGAUGAGACUGAUUUUUUUCCCAACUGCCCCAUUUGGAGGUGUAACUUUUUUUUAUAAGGGAAUAAUAUGGCCAGUCUUGAGAGUGCCUUUAAGACCAGCUAAGGAGAAUAGACGUGACUAAUGCCUGAGCCACAAGUGAUUUUGUUUUAAAAUGUAUGUUACCCUCAUUUUCCUAAAUACCCUGUCCAUUUUAAUUUAUAGUUGUCACAAAGAAUCUCCUUAUAUGGACUUUGCACAUGCCUAGCGUGACUCUUGACCAAUCAGAAUCAAUUAAACUGUCUUGUA